GGUGGCGGUGGUGGUGGCGGCGGUGGAGGGGGCGGCGGCGGUUGCCGGCGUCGAGAAUACGAACGACGUAGUGGUGGCGGUCGGGGUGGGCGGUCAUCAGGUGUCACAACCAUCAGCUCCUCUGUCGCGGGGAGCGCUGGGGGCUGCGGCCCCGUGGUGGGGCUCCCCUCCUACAAGAAACGACAAGGGAGCUCAGCAGCAUGGGGUCGAGGUGGACGUGGACGUGACAGAGGUCGCGGGGGUGGAAGUGGAGCACCUCCCACCGGAUAUCGUCUGGAUUCAGGCGUUACCCCCGCGAAUUAUCCAUCAGGACUGCAGAGCGUUGGUCCCGGAUUUCGGGAGGUCGUGAACAUCCUUGGUGCAAGAAAUCAAGUGGGUACAUUGACUGGCGUUGGGCCACCACCCGGCGCCGAAGAGAUCGACGAGGAGGAGGACGAGGAAGAGGGUAUAACCCCCAAACGACCGCCGAGGCCAUUGUACAGAAGAUUCAUUAACUACGUACGUCAGGCGUGGACAGGCGUCAAAUUUGCAUUAGACUCGGAGUACGAAGAGGAGCAGACACCUAGGUACAGGCCAGACUCGUUGGCAAGUCUCUGCAGAGCGACAAGAUUUACGGAGGCGGAGUUGAAAAGAAUAUACAGGGGAUUCAAGGCCGAGUGUCCCACUGGUGUUGUCAGAGAGGACACCUUCAAAUGCAUUUACUCACAAUUCUUCCCCCAAGGAGCAAAUACCAGUCAGUAUGCGCAUUACGUCUUCAACACGCUAGAUCAAGAUCACAGUGGAUUAUUGAGUUUUGAAGAUUUUGUAACGGGGUUGAGCAUUUUGUCGAGGGGAUCCAUGGAUGAGAAAUUACGGUGGACAUUUUCGCUGUACGAUAUCAACGGUGAUGGGGCCAUCACACGCGACGAAAUGACUGAUAUCGUGACUGCUGUUUACGAGCUGAUGGGAAAAUUCUCCGAUCCCAAUAUGGACCAUGAAGGGGUCCGCAAGAAAGUGGAUCGUAUGUUUCAGAAAAUGGACGAGAAUAAGGACGGCGUUGUGACCUUGACGGAAUUUUUGGACGCGUGUCGGGCCGAUCCUGAGAUUUCCACAUCGAUGGCUGCCCUGGACACGGCCUUCUGACACAAAAAACCCUCACCGUGGACCUGAUCAGGUCCAUCAUGAAUUGAAUAUCGCUCAAAUAUUUAUAAAUUCACCUCCAAAAAUGGAGACAACCGGACACCGGACUUUCAGCGUCGGGCACCGGUUUUUAUGGAAUUUUUCGCCCUUUGAACGGAGCAACGGCUGACCGACGGAGAUGACGUCGUAAUGUCGGCACUCAGAGGGAAAAUAAGGGCUGUUACUGUUGGAGAAUAGCUGAGACCUUGGGAAUUUCUGGAUUAAUCGGGGGACACGGAAGUUUGGCUUUCUCGGAUGAAACUACGAGUUGUUCUUCGGGUGACGCAAGUUUCUAGUGAUUUGCGGACGACCAGGGGAAUCCCAGAAGAUCCACUCCGAAAUAUUUUUCUCCCCUUCGAAGAGAGAGAUCCCGGAAUUGAGAAUUUUCACUUUGGAGAUGAGAAAUUG